AUGGCCCCUCGCUCAUGGGCCCAGAUCGCCGCCACUGGCACGACGCCCAAGCCCAGUCCUCUGCGCCGAGAGGUCUUGGCCGACCAAUCCACCAGCCCGGGUCCCCCUCCGCCCUCUGCCGCCGACUUCCCAUCCCUCAUGGGAUAUACGGAGGAGGAGGAAGAGGAGCGGAGUAUUGCAGCCUCACGGGCUGAAAGCCCCUGCCCUCGCCCUUCUUCUUCUUCUGGCCCCGUCUCGGUGGUGGGGGGGAAGGAGGAAUUUGGUGUUGCCUCUUCCCUUUUGAGGGGGAGCAACCCAUCUUCCUCUUCUCCUCCAACUAUCACGAUUCUCAAGCGUUAUACCGCCGCCACCACCACCACCGACGACACUGCCGAGAUGGGCAACCAGAAGCGACAGGAGAAGCUCGCUGCGAAAAAGGCGGCGGAGGAGGCAGCUCGUCAGUGGCUGCUGCCGGAGAUUCCGGCCAUUUCGGUGGUCGGCUCAUCUUCGACGGCAGCUGCUGCGGCUGUUGAUUCUGCUGCCAUUGACGCGGCCGACGUUCCUCUCCCGGCGGACGAGGAGAAGGAAGACAAGGGGAAGGGACUGGCAAUCCCGACCCCGACCGAAGAAGAGGGGACUGUCGCCUCGUCCGAGGCUUCGGCUAAGGACGAGGCGCUCAGAAGAGCCAUGAUCGCCUCGCUUGAGCGAGACCACCGCGCUGGGCUCCUCCUGAAUAGGGAGACUCAUACCUUGUUCCUCCGUGUCCGAGAGGGCACGACGAUCGGAUGUCAUCGCGACAUCGUCAUCUCAGAGGCGCCCAAGUUGGCGGAGCUCCUUCCCCCUGCCGACGAGAACGGCAAGACCUACUUCGACCUCAGUGACUGCGCGAUGCCGUACCUCAGCCCGGUCAUCUUCUACAUCUAUAACGGUGAUCUCCCCGGCCAUCGAGUGACCCGUGAUUGUAUUUGGGACACCCGACCCAUCAUCAACAACGUCAUGUUCUACGGCCCGGCGCAUCGCUUCGGCGUCUCGUCAAUGCUCAAGACCCAGCUUGACAACAUGGAGGAGGCCUACGAGAUGUACCGCGUCGCAUUCGGCGGCCGUUACUUCUACUACCAGAUCAGCGAGUUCCAAAAGUUGGCAGGAUUCGAGAUUCCCUUCCGGAUGGCGCUUGUUCAUCUGUACCUCGACAACCCCAUGGAAGACGAGGAGCUCAAGCCCAUGAAGGUGGCCUUUGCCAAGCUGGCGACCGUCGUGCUCCCCUUCAUGCGCCGGCAGCCUAGCUUCAAUCUGACCCAGAGCCUCUGGGAGGGUCUUCCGUUCCCCUGGCGUUCCGAGUGGGAGGAGUUCUACUACGAGGGUCUGCUUCCUGACUUCCCGAAGAUCUUCGACGAGAAUAUGGAGUGGGCUGAGGAGAAGGUUGACGAGAGCCGCUUCUUCUACGAAGAGCCUAUUGAUCCUGCUGGCCCGUCUUCGCGUCCUGCCGUGUCUGGUCCCGCCAAUGUUCCGUUAUAUCAGGAGUCCGUCGAGGAGAUGUGCCUCCGUCUUUCUGGCUGCGGUCUUGAUCCCGGCUACCCGUUCACUGGCUAG